UUGAGCCACCCAUAUUAUCAUGUUAAUUGCUAUGGGAGGAGGCAUGAGGGGGAGGUCUAUAGGCUAAAUAAAACGUGGGUAAAUGGGAUAUUUAGCCUACAUUUCGUCGCGUCUGUUAUAUGUUUUACUCACCCUCAAAACAUCCUCAAAGGUGUCUUUUUGGUCCGGGCAGAGAGGUAGGCCUAAGUAAGUCCAGAGCGUUUGGCGCAUUAUAAAGCCGAGGAAUCUUACAAUGACGGCAUCAAACAUGGGAAAUGCCCCUGAGAAGAACAACAAUAAAGAAGAACGCAAGGUAAGAACUGCGAAAACCUCUCAUUGAGAAAAAACGCCGGGAGAGAAUAAACUGCAGUCUUGAGCAGCUGAAGGGUAUCAUGGUGGAUGCUUACAACUUGGAUCAAUCCAAACUGGAGAAGGCAGAUGUUCUGGAAAUUACAGUCCAGCAUAUGGAGGGUUUGCAGCGGGGCUAUGGAGCAGGGGGCUCUGGCUCCACCAUGAACUUUGAAUCCCGUCAGCGUUACGGCAGUGGCUACAUCCAGUGCAUGCACGAGGUCCAUAACCUGCUCCUUAGCUGCCCUGGCAUGGACAAGACCCUUGGUGCCCGGCUUCUCAACCAUCUACUCAAGUCCCUGCCCCAUGUCAGUGGCGAGAGCGUGGCCUUGGGUGCUGGAAAUAGUAGCCCAGGCUCCAACAGCAGUGUCCGUAGCAACAGCCCCCAUUCUCCCUCCCCCUCUCCCUCCCCCUCCCCCGCCCCCGCUCCCCUGUCUGCUGGGUCUCAGCAGCAACACCCCUCUCUUGCCCUGCGCUCCUCGCCCUCCCCUCCUCCAACAUCCCGGGGCCCCAGCACACCCCACUCCUCCCCUGGAAUUCCCCAGCUGAAUGAGGGACGGGCCAGUGGUCCAGUCAGGGAGGGGCCAUCCCCCUUGAGCCCCCCCUCCCCCGGUGGCCAUCCAGGACAAGCUCCCCCUGCCCUGCCCCCGUUCUUCCCAGGGGGGGAUCCCUCAAUGUGGAGGCCUUGGUGAGUGGGCAAGGACCUCAUCUCUACGCCCUCCCCACACACACACACACACACACACACACACACACACACACACACACACACACACACACACACACACACACACACACACACACCUCUCAUCACAGCCCACCUCCUCUCUGCAAUUUUCCAUUACACUCAUAUCUCCUGGGAGUAUUAAGCACCGGGACUUGGGAUCUCUGAAUGGACAAGAAAUAGUAGCUGGGUCAGGUGUCCCAAAAGGGCUUGUAGCUUAAUUUGUAACUGCAGUGUAUUCAUUUGCCUUGUUUCUCUCAGACUAAAUGAGGGCAGAGUGCUCUCGGUGACAAUGCAGUGAAUGUGUGCUACGAAUGACACAGCACAGACCUCCAACCUCCUUUUGAAUGGCUAGCCUCUCUCUGUAUUUGGUUAUCUUAUAAAGUGACUACUCCAAAUGCAUUUCAUUCAUUUCAAUGUAAUAUUUUCUAAACAACAUAACUUUUUAAAGACCUCCCUUUGCAAGUUUUUAAUUGUUUUUUUCUCUUCCUUAUGUAUCUCUGUUUCUGUUCUCUGUUUGUGAAGUGUAUGAAAUUCCUUUUUGUGUACUACAUCCUUUGAGGGAUGACAUUUGUUGUACUUAGGUCGCUGGUUCUUGUUGGACAACAAGGAACAUUAUACAUUUCUAUAGGACAGGCUGCAGGCUUCUGCAGAUGCUACGAUAGACACUGAGAACUUCAUCCUUGUACAUUACAAGAAGAAAGAAGUGGAAAUGGUACCUCAUAUUGAAGACAGAGUUAAACAUCAUUUGAAUUGUG